AUUGUCGUGUGAAGCCAAGUGAGAGAAAUGCCGUGACGUACACUUUGCUCCUUUAUAAAAACGUUUCGCUAUGGAGAUUCAACACACAGUUCAACAGCAAGCUUUUGACAAGUGUUCAAAAUGUCGGGACUCAUCAGGAAUGUGAGUGCCACAACCCUGACGUUGCUAUUCUGCUGGGCGCUGGUCUGCGCGGGCGCCUCUCUUACUGGACGCUGCAAGAUCAAACGACAUACACACAAGGCGAUGCAAACUGACCUCAAUGGGAGAAGGUGUUGGGAUGACGUCAAGAUCAUGGGCUGCGGAGGAUAUUGUCUUUCUUAUGAGAUCUCCGACUGGCAGUUCCCAUACAAACAAUCACAUCACCCUGUGUGCGUGCAUGGAGACCGUAAGCAUGCAUCAGUAAAGCUGCGCCACUGCGACCCUGGCGUGCAGCCUGGCACCGACAUAUACCAUUAUGUUGAAGCCACCUCAUGCAGGUGUCAGGCAUGUUCAUCAGAGGACACCAGCUGUGAGUGGCUUCCUCCCGACUCCUCUCUCCUUGGUGGACUGGUUCUAAGAGAAGAAAUAGAAGAAGAGCUGGAACAAAAUAGCCUUUAGAGUUUUCUACUGAAUGUUUAAUAGCAAACGUGCGAAUGGACUUAGUUAUAAUUAAAAAAUGUUGCAAGUUAUUUUCUAUGAAUAGGUAUUGAAUAAAAAAAUACUA